AUGCUCCAAAAUAACAACACCCCACAACAACUCUUGCAAGAAGUGGAUGCCAAUAUUUCCUUCCCACAAGAAGAGGAGAAGGUACUCGCCUUCUGGAAGGAUAUUGAUGCUUUUAAAACAAGCGUAAAGAUGUCUGAAGGAAAGAAGCCAUAUUCUUUCUAUGAUGGUCCUCCAUUUGCAACAGGAAGAUUUGGAUGGGAUUGCCACGGUUUACCAAUUGAAUUUGAAAUUGAAAAGAUUCUCAAGAGAGAAAUGAUUGAAAGCCAAAAGCUUCUCUCUGAAGAAGACAUGAAAGACGAGCAGAAAGUGAAGGAAAAGAUUGCUUCCAUGACAUUGAGUCGUGCUGACAUUGAAAAUUAUGGUAUCGCUAGAUACAAUGAAAAAUGUGAAUCCAUUGUCAUGAAAUAUGCCUCAGACUGGGAGGAAAUUAUUACUAGAUUGGGCAGAUGGAUUGAUUUUAAGAAUGAUUACAAGACCAUGAACUUUUCAUUUAUGGAGAGUGUUUGGUGGGUCUUUAAACAAUUGUGGGACAAGGGUCUCGUUUACAAGGGAGUUCGUGUCAUGCCAUACAGUACAGGUUGCACCACUCCACUUUCAAAUUUUGAAGUGGCACAAGGAUACAAGGAUGUGCAAGACACUGCCAUUACUGUUGCUUUCCCAAUCAUUACUAAUGAUGAACGAUUCAAAGAUACUAGCUUUUUGGCUUGGACCACUACACCAUGGACUUUGCCAAGUAACUUGGCUCUCUGUGUCAAUGAAAACUUUGACUAUGUGAGAGUUUAUGAUGACCAAAAGAAAUGGCACUUCAUUAUUUUGGAAGAAUUAGUGCCAAAAUAUUUCAAAAAGGCAAAGACCAAUGGAAAAUUCAAGGGUGCAGAAUUGGUUGGUUUGAAAUAUGAGCCACUUUAUGAUUUUUAUCGCGCUGAAUUUGGAUCAGUUGCAUUCAAAGUUGUUUCUGAUGACUAUGUCACCAAUACAAGUGGUACUGGUAUUGUCCAUCAAGCUCCAGGAUUUGGUGAGGACGACUAUCGUGUCUGCUUAAAACACGGAAUUUUUGAUGGAAAGGAAGUUUUGCCACCAUGCCCAUUGGAUGAUGUCGGUCGUUUCGUGUCCCCAAUUGAAAAAUUUAAGGGAAUGUACAUUAAGGAUGCUGAUCAUCACAUUUGUGAUGAUUUGAGAGAACGUCUUAGAUUAUUCAAGAAGGAAGCUAUUGCUCACAAGUAUCCUUUCUGUUGGAGAUCUGAUACUCCACUCAUUUAUAGAACCAUCCCUUCAUGGUUUGUUGCAGUGACUGAAUUGAGAGAGCGAUUAUUAGAAAACAACAAGAGAACCUACUGGGUGCCAGAACAUGUUCAAGAAGGUAGAUUCCACAACUGGUUGGCUGAUUGCAAGGAUUGGACCAUUUCAAGAAGUCGAUACUGGGGUACACCAAUCCCAAUUUGGAUGAGUGAUGAAGGUGAGGAAAUGGUUGCUGUAGGCUCUGUUGCAGAAUUAGAACAAUUGAGCGGUGUGAAGGGUAUUACAAAUCUUCACAGACAAUACAUUGAUGGAAUUACUAUUCCAAGUCAAAAGGGAACUGGUAAGAUUUUGAAGAGAGUUACCGAUGUGUUCGAUUGUUGGUUCGAAUCUGGAUCCAUGCCAUACGCACAAAAUCACUAUCCUUUCGAAAAUGCUGAAAAAUUCAAGAACACAUUCCCUGCUGAUUUCAUUGCUGAAGGUUUGGAUCAAACAAGAGGUUGGUUCUACACUUUGUUGGUCUUGGGUACUGCCUUGUUUGAUACUUGCCCAUUCCAAAAUGUCAUUGUGAACGGACUUGUUCUUGCUGAGGAUGGUUCAAAGAUGAGUAAGAGUAAGAAGAAUUAUCCAGAUCCAAAGCUGGUCAUUGAUGAGCACGGAUCUGAUGCUUUGAGAUUAUACUUGAUUAACUCUCCUGUAGUUAGAGCUGAACCUCUAAAGUUCAAGGAAGCCGGUGUCAGGGAUGUCGUAAAGGAUGUCUUGUUGCAAUGGUACAAUGCCUAUAGAUUCUUCGUCCAAGCUGUGAGACGAUACGUUACGGAGACUGGAGAACCCUUCAACAGUGAUAUUGCCAACUCUGCCAAGAUUGAAAAUAUUAUGGAUAAGUGGAUUGUUUCCUCCAGCAACAGUUUACUGAAAGCCAUUGCUGAAGAAAUGAAGGCCUAUCGGUUGUACAAUGUUACACCAAAAUUAGAAACAUUUAUCGAUCACCUUACCCGUUGGUACGUCAAGAUGAAUAACAAACGUUUGAAGGGAGAACAAAAGGGUCAAACUAAGGAGGAUAGAUUAUCUGCUUUGUCUGCCUUGUUCAUUGCAUUGUAUAAUUCUGUGAGAAUUAUGUCACCAUUUACUCCAUUCUUGUGUGAAAAGAUGUAUCAAAAUCUCAAAAAUUUACUUUCUAAGAGCGAAGCUAGCGUUCACUUUGAAAUGCUCCCUCAAUGUGAUGAGAGUAAGAUUGAUUUAGAAAUUGAAAGAACUGUUGAGGCAAUGCAAAGCGUUGUUAAGGUCGGAAGAACUUUGCGUGUCAGAAAGAAUAUUCCUUCGAGAACACCAGUUUCUGAGUUUAUUGUUUGCAAUGUUGACGAAGAUUUCAUUAGACGAGUGAAGGAAAUGGAUUAUUUCAUUAAGAAGGAACUCAACGUUCACGGUAACAUUGUGGCAACUAGUGACAUUAGACAAUAUAGCGUCAAAUUAGAAGCAAGCCCCGAUAACAGACUUUUGGGACAACGUUUAGGCAAGAAGUUCAGAGAAGUGAAUCAAGCUAUCAAAUCAUUAACACAUGAGCAAUUGGUUCAAUUCUUGAAGACCAGAGAAGUCGUGUUGUGUGGUGAAAGAAUUACCAGUGAAGAAUUGAUUGUCAUUAGCAAAUUUGUUGGCACUGAAAAGAACUACUUUGCUGAUGAUUGCAGCAAUGGUACCUUGAUACUCAACACUGAGGUGAGUCAAGAGUUGAUGGAAUUAGGUUUCUGCAGAGAAACAACAAGUAUGGUUCAACAACUUAGAAAGAAAGCUGGAUUGAACUUUGACGAUAAGGUUGAUGUAUUUGUGACAGGCAAGAGCUCACCACAAAUUGUUGAAAUUUUGAAGAAACACACCUCUUUCAUUGAACAACACUUGAAGGGUAUGCAAGUCUUCUUUGAAACUCCAAAAUCUGAAAAACCUGUGGUUAUUUCUUCAGAGAUGAAUGUUGACAGAAUUAAUAACGACAAUGAUCAUGUUGUAGUUGUCACCUUGGUGAGAUAA